UUCCCAGCAAGCGGCGGCGCCCGCAGCACCUGUCUCCCGGUGCGCGGGCAGGGAGGACGGCGGGGGACAUGGCCUGGUAGAGUCCCCUGGGGAGACCGUGCGGAGUUCAGUCCGGGGCAGGGCAGGGCAAGAGAGGGAAGGUCCUUCCCUGGCGCCCGCGCGGGCUGCGGCAGCAUGAAAAAGAACCAGACCGUGCAGGGCACCUUCAGCAAACUCUUCGGGAAGAAGCACACCACCAGCCCCAGCACUUCCCUCUACGCCACCAACCCGCCCUGGAUCUUCACCCAGGAGGCCCCGGAGGAGGGGACCAGGGGCUUCGAUGGCAUCUAUUAUGGAGACAAUCGGUUUAACACAGUGAGCGAGUCAGGAACAGCCACGCUGAAAGCUCGUCCAAGAGUCCGGCCCCUGCUGACCUUCCUUCCGCUGAAUGCCCAGGAAAACCAUGGGCUGGCUGUCCCCACCCCCUCGGUUCCAGAAGACUUCGCAGACAAAGAAGUGACAGGUACCAGCUCACUAGUCAAUGGCAACCUCCGACUGUACAGCUCUGUGGGUGACCUGAGGCCUGGGCAGUAUGGCCAGGAUCUACUCAUCCCCCCACCUCCCCCAGGCCCAGCCCCGGGGCCCCCCCAGGACAUUUCACAACCUCCAGGGGGGUUGCCACUGCCAUCUCCACCUUCCACAGCACCCCCACCGCCUCCCCUGCUGCUGGAACCCCCACCCCCGCCCAGCAUGGCCCCACCUCCACCCCCAGUAUUGGAGGCCCUGUCCCUACCACACACUCUUUCCUCCCCAUCCACACCCACCCCUCCUGACUUCAUUCCCCCUGCCCCACCCUUGGCCUUUUUAGCCCCCCCACCACCUCCUGUGCCAGCCCUAGCACCCCCAGCUCCAGCAUCUCCUCACACAAUGGGGACUCGUCUCUUUCCCCCUGGGGGUGUCACCAAGUGGAAAUCAGAUGUAGCACUGAAUGGCAGGCAGGCAGAGGCCACCAGAGCCAGCCCCCCGAGAAGCCCUGCUGAGCCAAAGGGGAGUGCCCUGGGACCUAACCCAGAGCCCCAUCUCACCUUCCCCCGUUCUUUCAAAGUGCCUCCCCCAACCCCAGUCAGGACUUCGUCCAUCCCAGUUCAGGAAGCACAAGAGGCUCCCCGAAAGGAAGAGGGGGCCACCAACAAGGCUCCCAGCCGACUCCCACUGCCUCCCAGCUUCCACAUCCGCCCCGCCUCCCAGGUCUACCCAGACAGGGCCCCCAAGCCAGACUGCCCUGGGGAGCUCAGGGCCGCAGCACCAGCCAGCCCAAGGCUUGGCCAGUCCCAGUCCCAAGCAGAUGAGCCCCCAAGAGUUGGGACUCCGGGAACUCCACCUCCAGCCCCUCCCCUGCCCCCUCCUGCAGCCCCCCUCCCUCCCCCACCACCCCCACUUCCUCCAGCUGCACCUCCUUUGCCCUGUGCUCAGAAGGCAGCCCAUCCACCUGCUGGAUUUACAAAACCCCCUAAAUCCAGCUCUCCUGCUCUCAAACCCAAACCCAACCCCCCCAGCCCAGCGGACACAGCCUCUUCAGCACCUGCGGACUGGAGGGACCCCAGCCAGAUGGAAAAGCUGCGGAAUGAGCUGGCGGCCUAUCUCUGUGGCUCCAGGAGAGAGGACCGAUUCCUCAGUCACAGGCCAGGCCCAACAAUGGCCCAGAGCAAGGAGGGCAAGAAGGGCCCCAGCAUGCUCGAGAAGGAGACUCCCCCGAGCCCGCCAGCAAAGGACACUCCCCCAGGUGUUCCUGAAAAGAGUCUUGGCGGCAGCAGCCUGACAGAGACAGAGGCUACCCCCAGCCUGACCCUGCCCCCUGUGGACUACCUUCCCCAAGACUCUCCAACUCCCAGUGUGCGGCAGAUCCGGAAUGAGUUGGAGGCCCGGCUCUCCUCAUCAGCAGAGAAGGAGGCUAAGCCCAGCAUAGGAUCUCUGCCCCCUAAGCCUCGGCUAGAAGGGGGACGAAUUUUUGAAAAUGGGGCUGAUAAUGACAAACUCUCCAAGCCUGUGGCCAAGAAUCUGCCACCUCAAUCUACCACCCUGCUGCCAACCACACGACUCCAGCCCAAGGCCAUGUUGGGACCAGCCACACCACCCAAGGCUACAUCUGGGUCAGCCACACCACCCAAGGCCACACCUGGGCCAACCACACCACCCAAGGCCACAUCUGGGCCAACCACACCACUCAAGGCCACAGCUGGGCCAGCCACACCACCCAAGGCCACAUCUGGCCUGGCCAUACCAUCUACAGCCACAACUUUGCCCACCACCACAUCCCAACUGAUGGCAGAGAAAGACUCAGGCCCAGCUGGGCAGCCAGCAAAGCCAGCAUCUCAAGAAGUUUCCACUCCCUCCCAGCCAAGGGGAGAGGGGUCCCCCUCAGAGGCCACUAGGCUGCCCACACAGGGAGCCCACUCAUCGCCAGCCCUCCCACCAAAGACAUCUCCUGGUGAAGGAGAGGUGCCGUGUCUCUACAAGCCCCACUGCCACCAGAGCAGCCUCAGCCUUGAGGUUGCUGUGGUGAUGCCCACCCUGGCCAGAGGAGGGGCUGCAGGGCCAGGGGAGCCCGUAGAGGUGAAGGAGCCCCCAGGGCUGCCAGCCAAGCCCUCUGCCUCAGCCCAGCCCACUGAUGAACUCCUCAGGCACCCGGUGACUGGGGAGGUGGUGGAGCGGGGCUCACCGAUGGCCCUGCUCCUGGCGGCCAGGCAGAGGGCGCAGAAGGGGAGACCUGGAGGGGCUGCCCUGGGUCGGUCCUCUCUGCCAGGAAGUCUCCGUGACCACAGCCAGCAAGCCGAGGCCAGCUCUGACAGCAUCUUCCACAGCCAAGGCAGGCCCAACUGCUUCACUGUGGUGCCCAAGUUACCCAAGGAAGCUGAGAAGGACUCCCCGCUGACGACCGAAAUACCCAAUAAGUGGGGGCCACGACCGGGAAGAGACGCAGAGGGCACAGAGCGGAGCCGCAGGCACAACUGGACAAAGCUGGAGCCCCAGGCCCCUGUGGCCUGGGAAAGAGCUGCUACCUCCAACCUCCCCCAGGGCCACCCGCUGCCCAAGUCCUUCUCCUCUCCACCUUCUCCUUCGUACAAGAGGCAGGAGGAGGAGGAGGAGUUCAACUUCGAGGUCAUCCCACCGCCGCCAGAGUUCAGCAAUGACCCUGAGCCCCCGGCCCCGGCCCUCCAGUAUCUGGGCCGCCGGAGCUCCCCUCCCCGGAACAACUACUCAGGCUUGGGGCAGCCCCCAAGCGCUGGCCUCGGGGCGCCCCCGGCUCUCGGCUUCUCGCGCUUUCCCGCGGGCGCGCGCUACGCCGGGGCUGGGGGCCUGGAGCGCUUCUCGGGAGGGGGCCGCUCGCUCAUAAAGAAGCGCCUGUACGUCGGGGAGCCGCACCGCGACCCAGGGCUGCCCCGCGGAGGCACCGGCCGCAGCCUGAGCCCUCCCAACUGCUUCCGGCCGCAACCCGGAGGCCCCGAGAUGCGGCGCGUGAACUCGGCGGGUCGCGCGCCCCCCGGAGGCCUGCAUGCAAGGAGGCUGUCCCUGGAGGGCGCCGCCCGGGGCGCCGCGGAGGCCAAGCACAAAGCGCAUGGCAGCGCCCCAGCUGCUGGCAGGUCUCCCCACACCACCACCCGCUAUGGAAGCCCCAUCAACACGUUCACCGUGAGGCCUGGGACCCGCCAUCCCAUCUCCUAUGCCUGCUCAGGGGCCCAUCGGAAAGCCACCUCCUGAGCCAGGGGUUCUCUUAGCUCUAUUCCAACAAACUGCGUCCUUAAGGAUCUGGGCACUUGUUUCUUGUGGGGGACGGGAGGUACACAGCAGCUGUUAGGCGACCUGACUCAGACACAGAGGAGUCUUUGAUCCCCAAAGGCCAACGAUGAGAAGCAGUGGCCCAGGAAGAUCAAGAGUGGGCUUCUGUUUCCCAAAGCCGGGUGUGGCUGUGGACUGUUUACACAUCGGGGGUGGGAGGGGAAGGAGGUUAGAGAGGAGGAACCAUUAAGGACCUGGGCGCUGAGUUUCUGCUCUCUGGUACUGUCUGCUUUAGCAAGAGUUAUUUAAAACGGUUUUACAAACACGGCCUACUGAGCAGGUUCUGAAAGCAAGGGGUGGGGCACUGACUCUGAACUGGAACCCAUCAAGAUAGUUGUGAUUGUCUCUCAGGCCCUUGCAAAGGGCUGAUUCCCAGCUCUAUCCUGGUGGGUGUGCAGGGCACCGAAGGGGGAUCUUUAGCCUCCAUCACCUGCCAUACCAAGCAAGAGUAGACACCUGGGUUUCCCAGGCACAUUGAGGUGGGACCACGAAUGUGUAUGUAUAACACAUGGAGAAGGACCAUGUGUGGGGUGGGGAGAGAAGCUCCCACAUGUGGAAUGGAAGCCCUUUGCAUUGGCCAAGGGUAGAGGUGGGAGAUUGAUGGUUCAUUUCUCAUUGGCCCUGGCCCUUAGCUACAGGGAAGCCUAGAGAGAGGACCCUCUAGAGAGAGGACCCUUGGCAAGUUUAGGAUGGGAAGCAGGGUUAAGCCUGGCUGUGCUAUUCAGACCUGUGCAGCCCUGAUUUUGGGGAUUGAGCCCAAGGAGCUGAGUCUUUGGCUUGACACUAGGGGCCUUACAUGGCCAGGUCUCAUAUGGGAUUUGGAGAGGGCACUUUUCCUAACACUGAUACUACAAGUCACCAAUACUAUUGAUGCCUUAAGAUGCUAUAAAGCCUUGGAGAGUAGAGGCAGCAGAGAUGGGAAUGGAGGUCUGAAGAAGCUUGCUGCUGAAGGGGAAUGUGUUUGGGAAAGUCAAGAGUGGUAGGAUUGGUUGGCCGGAUGCAGUGACUCACACCUGUAAUCCCAGCACUUUGGGAGGCCGAGGCUGGUGGAUCACUUGAGGUUAGAAGUUCGAGACCACCUUGCCAAAAUGGUGAAACCCUAUCUCUACUAAAAAUAUGGGGGAAAAAACAAGGGUGCUAGGAUUGGGCCAGUUAAGAGCAGGGGAGACCUGGCCGGGCACGGUGGCUUACGCCUGUAAUUUUAGCCCUUUGGGAGGCUGAGGUAGGUGGAUCACGAGGUCAAGAGAUUGAGACCAUCUUGGCCUACAUGGUGAAACCCUGUCUCUACUAAAAAUACAAAAAUGAACUGGGCAUGGUGGUGUGUGCCUGUAGUCCCAGCUACUUGGGAGGCUGAGGCAGGAGAAUCUCUCGAACCCGGGAGGCAGAGGUUGCAAUGAGCCGAGAUCGCGCCACUGCACUCCAGCCUGGUGACACAGCAAGACUCCGUCUCAAAAAAAAAAAAAAAGAGCAGGGGAGACCUAAUAUUAGCAUGGUGACCAUGUGUCCUUUGCCUGGGCAGUCUAGGUUUAUGCUUGUUUUCCAGUGAAUUAGACCCCCUUCCACUUUGCAAAAAAGUCCUGGUUUAGAUGCUAUAAUCACCAAACAUAUCAGGAAGCAAUAUUCCUUGGUCUUGCUUCUGUAUCUUUAGGUCCUGGUGGGCCAAAUUCCUGGGACCAGGCCAAGGUGGCCUGCCUCAGGAAGAAGGAAGGACUGAAGAGUGGCCCAUUUCAGAGGAGCAGGCUGGUGGGGGCCAGCCAGAAAGUAGUUCCCUUUGGGGGAAGAUGUUGGACAUUUAUUAUUUGUGGUAACCAGCCUAGGCACUGCGUUGUCAGGACAGCAGGUGAGCCACUUUAGGGAAGAAAAUGCAGGGGUGGGUGGGUGCCCAGAUGACCAAGGCCAGCCACCCUGAUGGGGUAGGGCCUGGUUAUCUGUGUUCAAGAAGCGAAUCCCACCGCAGCCCCAGCACUAGGUCUCUCUAUAUGUAUGUAUUUUCCCUGUACAAUGUUUUAUAAAAGAGAUCACUAAUUUAUCUGCUGUGCUAAGGCCUGAGGAGUAGGGUGUAGACUCUCAACUGUAUAUUGCUCUGGGGUGGGCAGGGAAGACUGAGUCUCGCUUGACUUGGAAAAUAAACGGCCAGUUUGGACUGGCCUCCAGCUCCGUGGCUGUGUUUGUCUAACAAGGAUUUGGGUAACUAUUGGAUACAAGCCACUAUUUAGCAUGGAUAGACUGCCAUCAACUCACUCACAUGACUCCUGUUCAUGGCAAGCUAAUAGUCUGUCUAGUGGAGGAGAGGACUGAAAAAAAGCACACAAAAACAUCAAAAAUUACAAGUAGUAAGAAGGAAGGGAACAGGGAACGUGAGAGAAUAGCUAGAUGUGGGGAGAAGAGUGGAUUUACUUGGGGUGGUCAGGGAAGGCCUCUUGUGGUGGUGACAUACUGAUUUAGGCAAAGCAUCCAGCACGUGCCUAGCGCUUAGUAGUAGAUCAACAGAUGGCAUCUUUGGGUGAUGGCUACCUCACAUUUGUAUGUGGCCCAUCACAAUUUUCCAUAAAUCUUUUUUUAUUUUAAGGCCA